AUAUAUUUUAUGUUAAACAGUAAACAGUAUAUGUUAAUACCCAGCACGAUGAUUUAAAUCUUUCGGCUCAAAAUCAAGACAUUUAGAAAUGUUUUUAUUUUGCUUAAUGUCAUAUUUAGCUACCACACGAAAUACAAACAUUUGAGACAUAUUCUGUAACCUUAUAAUCAUGCAAAAAGGUUGCAAGUAAUUUUUGUUUUAGGUCAUCACCUGCUUCACCCCAAAUUGAGAUGCGCGCACACACCGAUUACCUGUACAGCGCGCGCGCACCUGCGGCCCUACGCACUCUGCUGACCGGAAGAGGGAGGAUUCAUGCCGUUCAAACAACAGAAAACGGGAGAGAGAGUGAGGUGAGCAGCUGUCCAGAUCACUGGAGAAUAGUAUCAUUUAACGGGAAAAUAAAAGGCUGGCGGUUCUCCGGGGAAAGCGAAAUGUCAACGCGGAUAUUUGAAGGCAACGCCUGAUUUUCUUCAUCGAGUCUUCGUUUUUUUGUUAAGAGUUUAUUCAAGAAGCUGCAGUAAAGAGGUCAGAGAAAAAGAAGGCAAAUCCAAUUCAGCACAGUUUUAAAGAGGCAUCAUUGGAAAACAUUUUUUCAUCUUCUCAUAUUGGAUUAAAAUGAAGGAGAAGAUUGGAAGUCCAGGGAUGACCAUCCUCAGUCCGUGUCGAGUGGUCGCUGCUGUGGCUAUGAUUGUGAUCAUACUGGGGGGUCUGGGAGCCGCCAUCUGGGCCCUUGUCACAUAUCUUAGAACAACAGAAGAUACAGGACUGUAUAAUGUGCAGGUGAGCGCAGCAGAUCAGAGGCUGAGAGUGUUUGACUCCACCCAGAGAAGAUGGAAACACGUCUGCUCGUCCAGCGCCAACCAGCUCAUCGCCAACAUCAGCUGUGAGGAAAUGGGCUUCGUCAGAGCAGUAAAUUUCUCAGUAACAUGUGCGCCCGAAAGCAGCGGAGAUCAGGAUUUUUUCUGCGUGAAAGAGACCGAGUUAACUUACGGGAAGAAGAUAAAAACAGCGCUGUAUCCUUGUAAAUGUGACAAAGGACAGAUUCUAGAGGUGAUUUGUCAGGACUGUGGUCGCCGUAUGCUGCCUGAGGAAAGGAUUGUAGGUGGAGUUGAUGCCCGUCAGGGUUCGUGGCCGUGGCAGGUUAGCUUACAGUAUGAUGGGGUUCAUCAGUGUGGUGGAUCCAUCAUUUCUGACCGCUGGAUCGUCAGUGCGGCACACUGCUUUCCUGAGAGGUAUCGGCACGUUUCACGCUGGCGGGUUCUUAUGGGGACCAUCUAUAACACCCCGAUCCGUAAGAACGUCGUGAUCGCUGAAGUGAAAACAGUGGUGUACCACAGCAGCUACCUGCCCUUCGUUGAUGCCAACAUCGAUGAUAACAGUCGAGAUAUUGCAGUCCUGGCACUGACCAAACCUCUGCAGUUCACAGAUUACAUCCAACCAGUGUGUCUUCCCACCUACGGCCAGCGGCUGGUGGAUGGACAGAUGGGUACGGUAACCGGUUGGGGUAAUGUGGAGUAUUAUGGUACUCAAGCUAAUGUCCUCCAGGAAGCUCAUGUUCCCAUCAUCAGUGAUGCUGUGUGCAACGGGCCAGAUUACUAUGACAACCAGAUCACAACCACCAUGUUCUGUGCUGGAUAUGAGAAGGGAGGAACCGACUCCUGCCAGGGAGACAGUGGUGGUCCGUUCGUAGCAGCCGACAUUCUUUCUAAGACCAGCCGUUAUCGUCUGAUGGGAGUGGUGAGUUGGGGCACAGGCUGUGCCAUGGCCAAAAAGCCUGGCGUCUACACCCGCGUGUCUCGCUUCUUGCCCUGGAUAUCUGCAGCCAUGAGGAUGUACGAAAAUUCCCCAGGAGUGCACAAAAUGGCCCGGGCUGUAACUCCAUAGCCGUUUAAAAUGGAAAAUGUUCUUCAUGAGACUGAAAAAUUCAAAGUGGAGGUCAGAUUUGUUGCUCUGAUCAGCUCGAGAUCAGACGUCUUAUGUUGAUCAGACCGAGCACAGAUGUUCGGUGUUGAUCAACCUGUUUUGAGGAAAAUCUUAGAAUAUGUUCACAGUAUCUGACUCAAAGAGACCAGAAACUACGUUUGAUGCUGUACAGUUUUAAUUACAAUGAAAAAUGCAUACUUUUUCUUUAAAAUUCGUCACCAAAAUUGUCAGAUAAUCUCCAAGAAAGGAAUUCAGAAAAACAUGAAAGUAACAAAAAACCUUCUAAAAAAUGCUUAAUGUUUUUGUAAAACAUUGCAGGUCUGUACAGAGUGUAUCUUAGAGUUGACUCUAGAUUUAUUUUUUCCUUUUGAAUUAAUUUAAUGUUGCAAGCCGUGUUGGGGUAAUCUGUUACAAGUAACAUGCAUUAUGUAAUCCGAUUAUUCUUCUCAAAUCAUGCCAUUACUUGUAAUGUCAUUACUUUUUUCUUAAAAAAAGUGUGCGCAGGAGCAGAUGUUAGUCAGGCACGGAGAUGGUACAGUAGGCCAAAGGUUUAAAUUUCUGCAAUGGAAAAAUUCUCAUUAUUUUUAAAUCCAUAUCUUGCCCUAUUUUGUCAAAGAUAACGGUUUUAAAUGUUUAACUGCGCUUAUAAUUAUGUACAAAAUCCUACCAUUGAGCGUUACCUAUUUGACUUCGUCAAGAAAAAGCCUAUUUGCCACUUUUUUUAUUCCAAUGGGCAGUCAAUUUACCUUGUGAUUUCAUUUUAAAUAAACCUCUACAACUACACCUCUAAAUUCUUUAUCUUUAGGCCAUUGCCUACAAAUUCACCUAAAUUUAUGACUUUUAACUUUUUAAUAAAAAAGUUGUACAGGAGUGGAUAUAACCCUCAAUAAGUGAUCAGAAUUUAACGAUAGUCUAAAUUGGAUUUUAAAAGAAAAGGUGCAUGUU